AGAUAAAAGAAGGAGAGAGAAGCAUGAACCAUAAGAAAUUUGGUUGCUUAUAUAAAAGGGGAAAACCAGCUUCUUCUCUUCUCUACCAUUCGAAUUUUCCAACCAACUCGCUUUUCGCGUUUCCUUGAAGCACUUAUUCUCUCAAUAAUCCAUUCCUCUCCCUCUUCACCUUCUUCUAUACUUCCUUAAACCUGCAUUUUUACCUUCUUCAGUCUUUGUUGCAAUUCAUUCAUUGCCUUCUUCAGGAUCUAUUGGCUGCUAAGUUUUUGAAGUAAUCAUUGUUGGGGCAUUAUCUGAUAUAUCAAUCGAGCCCUUCCAAAAUCUAGAAAAUCAAUCAGAGAUAAACAUGCUUAGUCCUGAAGGUGAACUGAAAAUAAGUUUUGGCUAUCAAUGCAAUAGCGACAGAGGUAUCCCUUGCAAGGUUGCCAAUGGCUUCAAAAUACGCCCUGAAAUGCGAAGAACAAGCAGUUUCUCUUGCUUGUCUGGUGCUGCCUUAAGUGCAAAUUGUACACUUGCCAACACAAACAUCUGCAAUGGUGUGAUAGGAGAAGAAAUCCUUCCAAACUUAGACUCUCCUAAUUCAUUUCGACGGGUACCCUCUUCACCGAGUCUUGGAAUGUUGGACAUGCUAUCAUCUUCUCUUCAUAGUAGUUUGUCAAACCUAAGUUGUAGCCCAUCAAGUCCAAGUAAUAUGCUUGAACAUGACCCUUGUUCAUUAAAAUUCAUGAGUGCUCCUUCUAGAAGUGAAGGUUUUCUUAGUGCUACGGAAGUACAAGUAGCGGGAGGAGCUGCUGGUGAAGAUAGAGUUCAAGCAGUUUGUUCUGAAGAAAAUGGUUGGCUUUUUUGUGCAAUUUAUGACGGCUUUAAUGGGAGAGAUGCAGCGGACUUUCUGGCCUGUACCCUUUACGACUCUAUUGUAUCUUAUCUAAAUACAAUAGAUUGGGAUUCAAAACCAAAUUCUAUCAACACUUCUGACAACGAAGGAUUUGAUGAUAGUCGUACUCUUCACAAGCAUCAAUCUUCCUCGAGUAAAUCAUUUUCACAUGUGGUACUUGAUAGCCUCAAACAUGUUCUUAGUCAGGUUGAGAAUGAUUUCUUGUACAUGGUUGAGCAGGAAAUGGAAGAACGUCCGGAUUUAGUUUCUAUUGGAUCUUGUGUUUUACUUGUGCUUCUUCAUGGGAAUGAUUUGUGUACACUCAAUCUAGGAGACAGUAGAGCAGUGCUGGCAACAUGCAGUAAUGGAACGAGCGGGAAUGAGAGGUUGAAAGCUAUUCAACUUACUGAUAGUCAUACUGUUGACAAUGAAGCUGAAAGAGCUCAACUUCUUGCCGAUCAUCCCGAUGAUCCUAAGACCAUUGUAUCAGGGAGAGUGAAAGGAAAGUUGAAGGUUACGCGCGCAUUUGGAGUUGGCUACUUGAAAAAGAAAAUUCUGAAUGAUGCAUUAAUGGGGAUCCUUCGAGUACGAGAUCUUAAGAGUCCGCCAUAUGUUUCGACCGAGCCAUCACUGAACGUGCAUAAAAUCUCUACUUCUGAUCAAUUUGUUAUAGUUGCAAGUGAUGGUUUAUUUGACUUCUUCAGCAACGAGGAAGCAGUGGAUCUUGUGGAGUCUUAUAUCUUGACCAAUCCUCAUGGUGAUCCAGCUAAAUUUCUCAUUGAAGAAUUAGUAGAAAAAGCAGCUAAUUCUGCAGGUUUUAGCACGGAGGAGUUGAUGAAUAUUCCGGCUGGGAGGAGGAGAAAGUAUCAUGAUGAUGUCACUGUAAUGGUAAUCAUCCUUGGGAUGAAUAAACGGACUUCAAAGGCGUCAAUUUGUAUCUAAACAUUGACCUUGACCAAAGAAAAUUUGCAUGUGAAGCUUUUGAAUGGAUACCUUCCUUGGUCAAGUAGUGUUUUCUAGAUAAGUUAUGAUAUUCAAAGGUUGUACAUAUGAAAAUUUUGAACUUAGAAUUAUUCGUUCCUUUUAUAUUCAAAGAUUUUGCUUUACAGA